CAAGACUUGGACAGAUGGAAAGAAAUCACUUAGUAUUUUUUGCCUCCACAGGGAAUUGAACCUGAGACCUCAUGAUUCUUAAACCACUUCAUUGACCACUAACCUUGGGUACAAGACCUAGACCCUUGAAAAUGAUUCUUCAGCAAUCCCAUUCUUUAUCACAUUUUAAUUAUUUUUUUUAUGAAACUUUAACAAGUUUGCCUUUUCUUUUAUGUUCUUUUCUUUCCACAUCAUGUCAUAAGGUCUCAAAUCUUGUUGCGCAGGACUCCAAAGGACAAAGAAAUUAGAGGAAAAGAAGAAGCACCAUCAAUGGGCAGUUAAAAUUAUGAAGUUGAUGGUUGAGAAAGACAGUAGUUACAAAUUCUAUGCAAAUACCGGGGAGAAGCCUGAAGAUAAAGACCUCUAUGAUCAAGGAAUCUAUAAGCAAAUUGGAAAACCUCCACCAGCACCUCCUCUAACAGAUAUUUAUUUAAGAAAAGCAGAAGAACCUAGUAACAUUGCACAGAUCAAGUCUGAGUUGUCGAAGACCAAGGCGACACCCCUAUUAGUGGCAUCAAAGCUGGGUAUCGUGGAGAUGGUGAAGGAGAUCCUUAAACAGUACCCAAUAGCCAUUCAAGAUACGGAUUCUGACGGGAAGAAUAUCUUGCUUUUGGCUCUAGAGCAUAGGCAAACAGCCGUCUAUUACUGGAUAAUAGGACAAAACUAUCCAGAAUGCGUCCUGCCGCGCAUCCCUUGUACUGCGUUACCGUUGCAACGCGAAAGGAAGUGGUACAAGCUGUUGAGGAAGCCAUUUUAAGAGAUAUUGGGUGAAGAAAAAUUCUGAAUUUUUCCGGCUAUGGAUUCACAGAAAGUCGAGAUGAAGCAGAGAGAGUGAGAGAAUGGCUUCUUUGUCUACGUUCUUGGGCAAGAAAAAAAUAUGAGAAAAAAUAUAUUCUGAUGGGAAGUUUAUGAUGACAAUAGACUUUUUGGACAAAAAAAUCAUUAAAUAAGGAAAAAGGUAUUGUGAUGGAUGGAGUUUAUGAUGAUAAUUGACUUUUUGGACAA